CUCACCUGCAAAAUUUAAAAGUAUGGAUUCGGUACGUACAAGCAACCCACAAUUAGAAGAGGAUGAUAAGAUGAGCAAAACCAUGAAUAAAGUCCUGCUUGCUUUGAACUGCAUACUUUUAGCUAUAGGGAACUGUGGCGGCCCGUUGGUGCAACGCCUUUACUUUUUAAAAGGAGGAAAAAGAAUUUGGUUAUCGAGCUGGUUGCCAACAGCCGGUUGGCCAUUUAUCAUAAUCCCAUUAAUCUUUUCAUUUUUAUAUCAAAAGAGAUAUGGAAGCCAAGAAGCCAAAUUUUUUACUAUGACACCAAAUCUCUUUCUUCCUUGUGUCGUCAUUGGAAUUUUGACUGGUUUGGAUGAUUAUUUGGCUGCAUAUGGUGUUUCUUGUCUGCCUGUUUCAACAUCUGCUCUUAUAAUUGCAACCCAAUUGGCAUUUACGGCUGGAUUUGCUUUUAUUCUAGUCAAACAAAAGUUAUCUGCUUUCACAAUCAACUCCAUAUUUUUACUAUGUAUUGGUGCUGUGGUUCUUGCUCUGCAUUCCAGCACGGAUCGUCCUAAUCAUGAAUCGAGCAUGAAAUAUUAUGAGGGGUUUUUCAUGACAUUGGGAGCCUCAGCUUUGUAUGGGUUCAUUCUACCAUCAAUUGAGUUGACUUUCAAGAAAGCUAAGCAGCCCAUUACUUAUACUUUAGUCAUGGAGAUGCAGAUCAUCAUAUCAUUCUUUGCCACUGCCUUUUGUACUAUCGGAAUGCUAAUCAACCAUGAUUUCAAGGCAAUUCCUCAAGAAGCAGAGAAGUUUGAGCUCGGUAAAGUGAAAUAUUACGUGAUUUUGGCUGUCUGUGCAUUUCUCUGGCAAUGUUUCUUCUUGGGAGCAAUUGGAGUCAUUUCUUGUGCCUCCUCUUUAUUGUCUGGAAUAGUAAUUGCUACCCUGCUGCCUGUGACGGAAUCUUUAGCUGUUUUGUUCUUCCAUGAAAGAUUUCAAGUGGAAAAAGGACUCUCUCUUGCUCUAUCUCUUUGGGGCUUUGUUUCUUACUUUUAUGGAGAGCUUCGACAUAUCAAUAAGGUAAAGCAUGACCACUCACUAGCUCGCUCAUUGCCAGGGCCGUAGGUUUGUAAAGUUUGUUGAUGCAUGCCUUGUACAAUUUUGAAAAUAAAGGCUGCAACGAUUAAUACUAGAUAGAGAGAGUCCAUGUUUGUAAUCAUAAAACCAGAAAGAGUUACUCAUCAAAAAAGUAAGACCCGUGUAACAUUUUUUGAUGCAAAACUUUGUAGUUAAAUCGCAUUAAAAUAUAGUAAUUAUCAAUGAAUAUCAUUGUCAACCCAUUAAGCUUUUUUUUUUUUUCCGUGUUGUAGAACAUAGGUAGGAUGUAAGUCAACUGAGCUACUAAAGUUUCACUCAAAAAGCUUUCUA